UGUCGCCAUCACUUUAUACUACUUGCAUGUGAUAUGAUUCAAAGCGGAGAACUAGCCAAAUAUCCAUUAGCAAUUGUGGACAGAUUGCUCUCAGUUUACGGGAGAAAUGGUGGAUGUGCAUAUGACAUAGGCUGUGCAUUUUCAUCCACUUGAUCACACAGCUGCCUCGGACAACGUGCAAAAGAACUAAACCUUCGCAUGAUGGUAGGGGCAUUCCAUGGCCAUGCGCAUAACAGGAAAUGCCAAUUAGAUUGGCACCCAGCAUAUAUUAAGCACGUUGGCCUUACCGAGGGUGAGGGCUGCGAGCAUAUCUUUUCCUCCUCCAACAAUCUAGCUAGAAGUACCAGACACUCGAGUCGGUUCCAUCGUCACCAAGCUAUUGAAGAGCACUUUGCUUUUUGGGAUGCUGAUAAAUAUGCAGCACUAAGUAGAUUUCUAUUGUUUAGUUUGUGUUUUUGUAUUGAUUGUUGGAAUUACAGGUGAUUUUCUAUGGAAUCAUUACCGACAUGCUUUGCUAGCGGUACAAACACUAACUCAAGAACUCACAAUGUUAAAAAAAGAGUUGAAUCUCAGUGAUAUUGACUUCAAGAACUUCUACAACAAUGAGAAGGCAUAUUUGGACUCAUUCAAACAGCUGCCGGUCAGAGACAAACUAGAAAUUUGAUAUGUUGAAGCUUUAGAUGAUUAUUCACAAAGAUACCGAGAAUGGGAGGACACUCAAAAGGCGGUAAAUACUAUUGCCUGUGGCAUUCCCAUUGGAGAUCUAAGCCAAUUUCAAGACGAAGUAUUCCGGGCUCGCAAACACGUAGACACAGCUUAUGCAGCGAUACAAAUGGCAGAGAAACUCACUACUGACCUGGAGAUGUCGUUGAAUAUCGAGAAACGGUGGGAGAUCGGAGGUCUGGAUUAUACCCGCCAGAAAGGAGAAGUUGCUUUGGCCAAGUAUAGAACAGCUUUGGAUGCUCUUGAACGUACAGUCGUGAUGCGACUGUCGGAAUUAUCGAAGUUAUCCAUGUCAGGAACAGGUUAUGAACUGCGCCAACAGAUCAGCAAGGGCUUACAACGACAUUCCGAGGCUAUUCGAAAUGCCAUCAAACGGUAUAACAAUCAGGCUGUUCUCCUGCAACCUCCUCGUUCAAAGUUGACUUGGAAGGAAAUAGCCGACUACACUUUCCUCGCCGAGUUUGAUCUUCUCCGCUACUCGCGAGCUGAUAUAUCUGAUAGCUCCUGGAUGAAGCCAGCUAAUAGAGCUGCUGCAGUGAAGUAUUUUAAGCUCUGUCGCACUCGGGAAGAAAUACUAAGAUUGAAUGUCGAGUGCCACCGCCUACGAACAGCAAUUCAUGAUGAGGAGAUACAGGUUACAGGUGCUAUUGCUCAUAUUUCACAGACUAAUGUGCUACUGGCUACCAAGAUGAAGUGUCGUUGGCGGC